GGCGGUGGCGGCGGAAGAUGGCGGGGUGCGGGUCGUGCUGCUGCUGCUGCUGUUGCCGCGAACGGGAGAGCCGCACCCCAGAGGAGCUGACAAUCCUCGGAGAAACUCAUGAAGAGGAAGAUGAGAUCCUUCCACGCAAAGACUAUGAGAGCUUGGAUUAUGAUCGAUGUAUCAAUGACCCGUACUUGGAAGUUUUGGAGAGCAUGGACAACAAGAAAGCCCAGAGAUACGAAGCAGUGAAGUGGGUGAUGGUUUUCGCUAUUGGAGUCUGCACAGGACUGGUCGGCCUCUUUGUGGAUUUCUUCGUACGGCUCUUUACCCAGCUAAAGUUCCGGGUGGUACAAAGCUCGGUGGAAGAAUGCACUGAGAAAGGCUGUCUUGCCUUGUCCUUGCUGGAGCUACUGGGGUUCAACCUGACCUUUGUUUUUCUUGCCAGUCUUCUGGUCCUGAUCCAACCUGUAGCAGCUGGAUCAGGAAUUCCUGAAAUUAAGUGCUACCUCAACGGUGUCAAGGUUCCAGGGGUUGUGCGUCUCCGGACAGUGGUGUGCAAAGCUUUGGGAGUGCUCUUCAGUGUGGCAGGAGGUCUUUUUGUUGGGAAGGAGGGUCCCAUGAUUCACAGUGGUGCUGUUGUGGGUGCAGGUUUGCCACAGUUCCAGAGUAUCUCUUUGAGGAAGAUCCAAUUUAACUUUCCAUAUUUCCGCAGUGACAGGGAUAAAAGGGAUUUUGUAUCUGCUGGAGCUGCUGCAGGGGUUGCGGCUGCCUUUGGAGCCCCAAUUGGGGGCACUCUUUUCAGCUUGGAAGAAGGUUCCUCCUUCUGGAACCAGGGACUUACAUGGAAAGUGCUUUUCUGCUCCAUGGCGGCCACCUUCACCCUGAAUUUUUUCCGCUCUGGGAUUCAGUUUGGAAGUUGGGGCUCUUUCCAGCUCCCUGGGCUGCUGAACUUUGGGGAAUUUAAGUGCUCUGAGUCUGAUAAGAAAUGCCACCUCUGGACAGCUGUGGACUUGGGCUUCUUCAUUCUGAUGGGGAUUGUAGGAGGCCUUCUUGGAGCCACCUUCAACUGUCUGAACAAAAGACUUGCAAAGUACCGCAUGCGGAAUGUGCAUCCUAAGCCAAAGCUGGUCAGAGUCUUGGAGAGCCUGCUGGUGUCGUUGACUACCACGGUCGUUGUCUUUAUAGCCUCCAUGGUUCUGGGGGAGUGCCGGCAGAUAUCUUCCACCAGUCAUAGUGGCAAUGACACUCUGAGAGUGCAGGGUAUGUCAGAGGAUGUGAAUUCAAGCAUCAAAACAUUUUUCUGCCCAAAUGAAACCUACAAUGACAUGGCCACACUCUUCUUCAACCCUCAGGAAUCAGCUAUCUUGCAGCUCUUCCAUCAGGAUGGUACUUUCAGCCCAGUCACACUGUCCUUGUUCUUCCUUCUCUAUUUCUUACUCUCCUGCUGGACUUAUGGGAUAUCUGUGCCCAGUGGUCUUUUUGUGCCGUCACUGCUUUGUGGGGCUGCCUUCGGACGCCUGGUCGCCAACCUCCUCAAAAGCUACAUUGGCCUGGAUCACAUCUACUCUGGAACCUUUGCACUAAUUGGGGCAGCAGCAUUCCUGGGAGGUGUGGUCCGCAUGACAAUUAGCCUGACGGUCAUCCUAAUUGAAUCGACCAAUGAGAUCACCUAUGGGCUCCCAAUAAUGAUUACCCUCAUGGUAGCCAAAUGGACAGGAGACUUCUUCAAUAAAGGCAUCUACGACAUCCAUGUGAACUUGAGAGGAGUCCCUCUUCUAGAGUGGGAAACAGAGGUGGAAAUGGAUAAACUUCGAGCCAGCGACAUCAUGGAACCCAACUUGACAUACGUCUACCCGCACACCAGGAUCCAGUCCCUUGUUAGCAUCCUGCGCACAACUGUCCAUCAUGCCUUCCCUGUAGUGACUGAGAACCGGGGCAAUGAGAGGGAGUUCAUGAAGGGGAAUCAGCUGAUCAGUAACAACAUCAAAUUCAAGAAGUCUAGCAUCCUCACCCGAGCUGGAGAGCAGCGCAAGCGUAGUCAAUCCAUGAAAUCCUACCCUUCAAGUGAAUUGCGUAACAUGUGUGACGAGCACAUAACAACGGAGGAGCCAGCAGAGAAGGAGGAUCUGCUGCAGCAGAUGCUAGAGAGAAGAUACACUCCCUACCCCAACCUGUACCCUGACCAGUCUCCUAGCGAAGAGUGGACCAUGGAGGAACGCUUCAGACCUUUGACCUUCCAUGGCUUGAUCUUGCGCUCACAGCUGGUCACGCUCCUUGUCAGGGGUGUUUGUUACUCCGAGAGCCAGUCGAGUGCAAGUCAGCCUCGUCUGUCCCAUGCAGAGAUGUUGGAGGAUUACCCCCGCUAUCCAGAUAUCCAUGACUUGGAUCUUACUUUGCUGAACCCUCGCAUGAUAGUGGAUGUCACUCCGUACAUGAACCCGUCACCCUUUGCUGUCUCUCCAAAUACUCAUGUGUCACAAGUCUUCAACCUGUUUAGGACAAUGGGACUUCGACAUUUACCAGUUGUGAACGCAGUUGGAGAGAUUGUUGGGAUAAUCACUCGGCACAACCUGACCCACGAAUUUCUACAGGCAAGACUGAGACAACACUAUCAGACCAUUUGAUGCCCCUGCCCACCCUGCCCCACUGUCGGUGUGGCUACCUCCCUCUUCCAGGCCUGCACACGCGCUCGCAUUCUGCUUGGACCCCUCAAGGCCCAAGACUUGCCGUUUGGCUUCUCACACGCAUAUCAAGCCUGGGGAGCUGGAAAACAUCUUGCUAGCCAGAGAAUUAGAGGAGCUGCCUGAGCCCAGAGGUGUUGAUUGGUCUCAGGCACUUGGUUUGAUCACUCUUGAUCCAGGUUUUUCCUUUUCCUGUGCUCGAGUUAUCUCUUUCCAUCAGAUGUCCUGACACUAUAUGUUCUAUUUUGGUUUCGGUUUUUUUAAGGGUUGAAAAAAAGAACCAUCUAGCUUCACCAUGUCCUGUGCAGAGAACUGCAGCAUAUUUUCCUGGUCCUUCUGUAUGGCUCCCUCUGCCUCUUCCCUUCUUUUUCCUGCAACUGUUGCCUUAUUUGUGUGAGAAGAGGGUGGCUUUCAAGCCUGAGAGGAGGUGCUGAAGUUUGUGGUUAUCAAAUAGCUGAUCUGGAAGAUGGCUUUUCUCAAAAGCAGUAUUAAAAGCCCAGCUCUUUGGAAAUGCACCUCUCUCUCUUUGUGGGUGCUCCCAGUUGCCCCUGUUUUUCUGCUCUGGCUUCAUUUGUUCCUGAUUUCUCUCCUUUCUUGGGGAAGCAUCCCUGCUGUGAAGUUUUUGACAGCAGCUGACUUUUGAUAGCAGCUCAGCAAAUGAGGAGUUCAAAAUAGUUCAGUUUGUUACUGCUUGGGAUUAUAAUAAAUAUUUAAUACAUUUUCAGAGCAUCUCAGGGAAGGGAGAUCUCUUUUUCCCUGCUAGCUGUUGCUAUUAUCUCCCUGUAAAAGACUCUUUGAAAAGACACUUCGUGGCACUCCACUUUGUCACUACCCUGAUUUCUUGGUGUUUGUAGGCACUUUGUCCUUGUGCUGACCCAACUGUGGAGAGCCUGAAACACCUUUCCAGCUAGAAUUAGAGAUGAGGGAACGCCAUGUCCUCUGAGCAUGGUGAAGUGCUGCUUUCUGGAGGCGAGUAGAACUGAUGUCCUGUCUCUGGGCUUGGUUGAACGAUCUCUGUGUCAUGAGAGGAGCUGGAGGAACUUCAGGCUGCCAUACAGAAGGGAUUCCUGGUGCUGGUGACCAACAGGCAGGAUCUGCUGCUGGGUGGUAGUGGGGCUGUGCACUCUAAAAAAGCUUGGACUAAUGUUUGCAACUGCAACAGCCGGAUAUCUCUAAGGGUAAAACCAGCACUUAGAAGCCAGUUGCAGCCAGUUGACUGCUUUAGCAGGUACCAUCCUGGCCAGCACCUGUAUUGUUCCAGCAGGCACCUGCCCUCCUGAGUUUUGCAUACAGAUAACCCUCAGUGGGAAGCCAGCACUCUGCCUCCAGGGGCUGGAGAGCUGAUUGGCUUGAUAAAGCACAGAGCAGUCUCUCAGCCAAGAGACUGGGCCAAGUAACCCAGGGAAUGUAUCCCAGAGAAGUUUCUGCACAGCCUCUCCGAUUAACCUGUUGUCUGCCAUAAGGAGCUAGCAGGGUGAGAGUUGUGGCAGAAGGAAAUCGGAUGUUAUUGUAUGUUCUGAAUUCAGGAACUCGCCUAUGCUGAAAAGUUUCCUGACUAAGCCUGAAGAAGCUCUGUCCUUUACUUGUUUGUGUCAAAAACACUAAAUCUCCUUGACUGGCUGUGUCAAAGCUAGUUAUUCCUGGGCUCUGCGAGCUGCUGGCUGCUGAAACCUA